UUAUAUUAGUGCAGAACACUGUACCUUUAAUUUAAAUGCCCUUGGAGUCUGCUGGGGAAGAGAAAUAAUACUGUCAGUCAGUAUGACAUGCAGAUGAGUGCCGUCGAUCUUAGAAUCACCGCACACUUCACUCAUUUGGGCAGUCACGGGGCCAAAACCAGAGUGUGGAGCCACAGUGUGGCGGUGGAGGCAGCAGCAAUGGGAGGCCAUACAGCACCCUAUGACAAAAUGGAACCCACCAGCAGUGUGAGGAGACCUGAAAGUGGCACAUGGCAGAGUGUGGCGAUGGAGACAGCAGCAAUGGGAGGCCGUACAGGGACCCAU